UCAAUCGAUCUAAAGGGCAGCUCAAGGUGAACGUGAACUUCACACGACAUUAAUUCCCGUCAGACCCGUACCGGUACAGAUUCAGUCUCUUCCAACAUCUCUGUAGGACAGUUACCUAUAUCCAUUGAAUUCAUAAUGGCACCCGAACGGAAAUUCUUUGUUGGCGGAAACUGGAAGAUGAAUGGCAACAAGAAAGAGAUUGAUGGAAUCAUCGCCUUCCUUACUGCCGGCCCUCUUGAUCCUAAUACGGAAUUGGUAUGUGGUGUCCCAUCUUGCUAUCUGGAAUACUCCCGUCAAAAGCUGCCAGCUACCAUUGGAGUUGCUGCUCAGAAUUGCUACAAGGUCUCUAAGGGAGCUUUCACUGGUGAAAUUUCACCUGCUAUGAUCAAGGAUGUUGGUGUAGAGUGGGUCAUCCUAGGCCACUCAGAAAGAAGGAAUGUAUUUGGUGAAUCUGAUGCUCUUAUUGCAGAGAAAGUCAAUCAUGCCCUCAGUGAAGGCCUCAAAGUCAUUCCCUGCAUUGGAGAGAAACUUGAGGAGCGUGAAGCUGGUAAAACAGAGGAAGUUGUCUUCAGUCAGCUUAAAGCAAUUGUAGAAAAGAUACCUCUAGAUAAAUGGGAAAAUGUUGUGAUUGCCUAUGAACCUGUUUGGGCUAUUGGAACUGGAAAGACAGCUUCUCCUCAGCAGGCUCAAGAAGUCCAUGGAAAAUUGCGGCAAUGGUUGUCUGAAAACGUGAAUGCUGAUGUUGCCCAAAAGGUUCGAAUUAUUUAUGGUGGAUCUGUCACUGCUGAAAAUUGCCGUGAGCUAGCUAAAGAAGUCGAUAUCGACGGAUCGCUCGUUGGAGGAGCUUCACUCAAACCUGAUUUCAUUCACAUAGUCAAUGCAAGCCAGUAAAACCUGGAGUCAAGAAAUCGUUGGAGAGAUUUUUAUUUGUUUUUAUCAGGUAGUAGAAUGCUUGAUAAACUCCUUAACUUAAUUUGUUCUUUCAUGGUUUUCGCUAAUCGUGUUGGUGUUCUUUUUUUUUUAAUGUGUUCGUUAAUAGAACUAUAGGGUAUUAAAAAUAA